AUGUUUACAAAAGUGCUUAUCUUAGUUGUUGUAUUAACUAUGUCGGAAGUAAAGGCCGAUUUAGGAAUGAAGUAUUUAAUGAAAAUAUACGACGAUUGUCAGCAGACAAGUGGAAUUGUUCCUUGUUUAAAGAAAAAGGCCAUAUUAUUCUUCGAUCGAGCCGCUAGGAUGGAAUCUAUACCUUUAUUUGACGGUGUUGAUAUAGUGAAGUCUUCUGAACCGGGAGUACCGCCUAUUAGUGAAAAUGAAUUAGACGCGAAUCUACCGAGAGGGUUGGGCAGUAAGGAUGAAACUUUAUCAGCUAUGCUGUGGGACAAAAUCGCGUCGUUCGCUAAUUCAAGGAAAAUUCAAUUUUCACUGCCAAAGAUGUCUGGCGAGGAGUUAAAUAGAGGGGUUGAAGAAGGUCGAGGCAAGAUGAAAAAGAUGAUGGGCAUGAUGAUGAUGGGUGGUGCAAUGAAGAUGGCCGCGAUGAUCCCGCUCGCUAUUGCCGGGCUGUUCGUGUUGGCUGGAAAGGCUUUAAUAGUUUCGAAGAUCGCACUACUUCUCGCUGGGAUAAUCGCAUUAAAGAAAAUAAUAUCGCAGAAGAACGGCGGUGGCGGCGGUGACAGCCACGGCUGGUCAUCUAGUGGUGGAGGUAGCAGCGGCGGUUGGGACCGAAGGUCCUAUAACGAUGUAUCAGAUCUAGCGUAUUCUGCUUAUAAAACUAAAUAA